CGGUGUGUGCAUCUAUAAUAGAUCCGACCAGAAACAGGAUUGUGGGAAAACUGUCGUCUGCAGCUUCAAAAAUUAAUAAUUAAUCCAGGAUAAUUAAACCAUGGACGACCUGACAACUCCAGUUCGACAGCAACAUAAAUUCGACGUUAAUAAGCUUCAAAAAUAUCUGUCUGUCAAAUUACGGCUGUCCGAUAAUGGGAGUCUUUCUGUCAGACAGUACAGCACUGGUCAGUCAAAUCCAACGUUCUUGAUCCAGUCCUCCUCCACCAGUUAUGUUCUGAGGAAGCGACCCCCGGGAGAGCUGCUGCCCGGAGCCCAUCAGGUUAACAGGGAGUACCGCGUGCAGAAAGCUCUCUUCUCGGCUGGUUUCCCUGUUCCACAGCCGCUCUUGCAUUGCACAGACACUUCCAUUAUCGGAACCGAGUUUUACGUAAUGCAACAUGUGAGGGGUCGCAUAUUCAGGGAUCUGCGCCUGCUUGAGGUGACUCCAGCAGAAAGAAGUGCUUUAUAUGUGGCUGCAGUGGAAGUCUUGGCAAAGCUGCAUUCACUGGAGCUGAAGUCGCUGGACCUGGAGGGGUUUGGGAAAGGCCCGGGGUACUGCAGGAGACAAGUCUCCACCUGGACAAAGCAGUACGUCGCAGCCGCACACAGAGACAUUCCAGCCAUGAACGAGCUCUCCGAUUGGUUGAUGAAAAAUUUGCCGGACAAAGACGAUGAAGUCACGCUUGUCCAUGGAGAUAUGCGACUCGACAACUUAGUAUUUCACCCAACAGAGGCUCGUGUGAUUGCGGUGUUGGACUGGGAGCUCUCCACUACAGGCAACCUGCUGGCUGACCUGGCCUACUUCCUCAUGCCUCACUACAUUCCAACAAAUUUCAGCAUUGGCAACAUAAUAAACACCUUUAAAGGAAUAGAAGGCCUUCCAGCUGCUGCCGACCUGAUAUCCAUCUACUGCUCGUGUCGAGGAACUCCGACGGCUCUGCCGCAUUUAAAUUUCUACCUGGCUCUGUCUUUCUUCAAGAUGGCAUCGAUUUCACAGGGGAUAUAUGCUCGCCACCUGCUUGGAAAUGCCAGCGCUCCCAACGCUGCUCAGUUCGGCCAGAGCGUGGAGCCAACCGCUCAGAUCGCCUUGCAGCUCGCUAAAAGCCCCCUGGAAGGUCCAGCUUCAGAAAGCCUGUUCCUCCAAACAGCUAAAGGGCGGGCUGUUCUCCAGCAGGUCAAAGACUUCAUGCAACAACACGUGCUUCCUGCCCAGGAGGAGGUUACAGAAUACUACAGUAAGCACGCUCAGUCUCCACAGAGGUGGCACACACCUCAAAUAAUCGAGGAUUUAAAGGCAAAAGCCAAAGAGGCGGGGCUCUGGAACCUCUUCCUUCCUGCUGUCAGUGGACUCAGUCAGCUGGACUACGCUUACAUCGCCGAGGAAACUGGGCGCUGUCUUUUUGCGCCUGAUGUCUUCAACUGCCAGGCUCCUGACACUGGAAACAUGGAAGUGCUCCACAUGUUUGGUAGUGAGGAGCAGAAGAAGAAAUGGCUGGAGCCUCUGCUCAGAGGAGAGAUCCGCUCCUGCUUCUGUAUGACAGAGCCUGACGUUGCAUCCAGCGAUGCAGCCAACAUGGAGUGCAGCAUGCGCAGGGAUAAGGACAGCUACAUCAUUAAUGGCAGGAAAUGGUGGACGAGUGGUGCUGGCAACCCCCUCUGCAGAGUGGCUAUUGUGAUGUGCAGGAGUGGAUCCGAGGAGGUUCUCAGCAGGCACAGUCAGCACAGUAUGAUCCUGGUACCUAUGGACACACCAGGUGUAAAGCUCAUCCGACCAAUCACAGUGUUCGGACAGGACGACGCCAUCCACGGUGGACACUUUGAGGUCCACUUUGAAGAUGUCCGUGUCCCUUCAUCCAACAUCAUUCUGGGUGAGGGCAGGGGGUUCGAGAUCGCUCAGGGGCGCCUGGGGCCAGGGAGGCUGCACCACUGCAUGAGAGCGGUUGGCGUAGCCGAGCUGGCGCUGGAGUUACUGUGCCGGCGGGCGGCUUCUAGAAGCACGUUUGGAAAGAAACUGUACCAGCAUGAAGUUGUGGCCCACUGGAUAGCAGAUUGUCGUCUUCUGAUUGAACAAACCCGCCUGUUGACUCUGUGUGCCGCUAAAGCUCUGGAUACUCUUGGAAGCCGGAAUGCUCGCAAGCAGAUUGCGAUGAUCAAAGUGGCUGCAGCUAGAAUGGCCUGUAAGGUGGUGGACUGUGCCAUCCAGGUGUACGGCGGCGCCGGGGUGUCCGGAGAUUUUCCUUUGGCACAAAUGUACUCGUACGUACGGACUCUGCGCAUCGCAGACGGGCCCGAUGAGGUGCACCUCUCCACCAUCGCGUACCUGGAACUGAGGGAUCAGCUGAAGAAAGCUCAAGCUAAGCUAUGAAUGACGGCAGAACUCAAUGAAAUUAGACAAAUUCUCAGCACUAAAUGUUUUCAAAACUUGAUCAAACGAGUUUCUCUGGCAGUAUAAGUUAAUGUGGGUGCCUUUUUGUGUAUGUUUAUGCAUUUUAAUUCUGUAAAGAUUCUUUCAUAAUUGUAAAUACUUUGUUCUGAAGGUUGAUUUUUAAGCAGCUGUUAAACAUUCCUUCUUUGUAAAAUAACUGUUUAUUAAAAGAAUGAAUAAAAUAUA